CUCCAGUUCUGUGUUGUGACUUUGACAGACUCGAAAAAUAUUCCUUUCUACAAAUAAAAAUAUGAAUUUUGUUUAUCAAAGCCAUUGAAAAAUUGGUUGAUAAAAGAAAUCAGUUGCAGCAAGAAAGACGAAUUACAGAACCAUAAUUGUCAACUAAACAAAUUCAAUACGAACAGAUAGGUUGACUUAAUACCGAAUAAGGGAGUGCUAAGUGGCUGUUUCUGUGGAAGUCAAAUCGAUUAACUAUAGUUAUACUUUGUGUGAUGGACUCUUUACAUUGUCAAAUCGAGUGCUGAAAAAAACAUUGAAGUCUUGAUUGCAAGUGAAAGAUAGAAAACUGAAGACAUGGAAAACGAUCGAAUAUUGAUGGCUGUAGUGACUGGUGCGGUUGUCACACUCGGAGCUUUUGUCUUUUGGGGACCUUCAGGUUCGUCCCGAUUGCGACAACGCCGUGGUCAGAUUGCUGGUCUGCACAAUUUUGGGCGAACAUGUUUCCUGAACACACUUUUACAAGCUCUGGCUGCAUGUCCUCAGUUCAUUGCCUGGAUGCAACUUCAUGGUUCUGCGGAUAAAAAAAGUUUGAUCGGAUCGCUGUUGAAUACGUUAGAAGUUAUUAACGGAACACAUCCGACCUUGCGAUCGGAUCCAUAUUCACCGGGCGCUGUUAUUCGAGCAUUGAACAAUUUGGGUUGGGUUAUUCCACCUGAAGAUCAAGAUUGCCAUGAAUUGCUGCAUGUGCUACUUACAUCGCUUGAAGAGGAGGCAGUGAGACCGAAGAAGAUUGGCUGUCUUUCUGAUGCUUUAGGUGACGUGAUGAACACACCGACAUCAGCAAUGGGUCCACCACGACCAUCAUCGGCAAUGCUGUCCGAUUUUCUCAAAUCCGACUAUGACGAAUCUACAAGCCUAAUGCGGCAAGCCAGAUCCGAAGCGCACACACCAGAUUCACCGCAUUCUGUGUGCACCGAUGACGAUCAGCCCGAUGAGCAGAUGCUCGACCAAGCCAUCAUGUCACCGAUGAUAAUGCCAGAAUAUCGCAAGAGUCGAGUUAGAAAUAUGCAAACGCAUCAAGCCAAUGGUGGACAUGGUGACCAUAUGAGCAGCAAGCGCAAUUCUUUGUCGUGUCGUUCUCUGGAGCGUUUAAGCCGCGGACCAGGUCGAGUGUCAGUCUACGGUGAAAAGUCGCAGAUUCAAAUACCGCAUCCAUUUCGCGGUGCUCAAAGUAGUCAAAUGAUCUGUUCGAAUUGUGGAUUCAAGUCUGUGGUUCGCUACGACAAAUUCGAUAGCGUAUCACUUCCUCUGCCAGAAAUCCGCAGAUCGGUGUCACUUGCCAAUCUAAUGACCGAAUACAUUGCAACGGAAAACUUAACUGGAGUUGCUUGUGAGUCCUGCGUUACCACAUGUGACCAUACCAAGUCUGUCACAUUUGCUAAGUUGCCAGCAUGCUUAUGCAUUCACAUCUCCCGAAACACAUGGCUGCCGACCGGACAAGUGAGCAAACGCCAGGACUAUGUCAGUUUCCCGGAAAGUCUGUCAAUGGCACCAUACAGUUUCAUUCAGCCCAGUUUGAGCCAGGCAAGCACACCAUGGGGAAGCACAGUGUCGUUGCUAUCAUCUAGUUUACCAAUGAAUGGUCGUGAUUCAUUUAGUUCGUACACGUUUGGCGCAAUGUUCCCACGGAAUUUGUACCGGUUGUUGGCUGUUGUCGUUCACACUGGCGAAGCCAAUCGGGGCCAUUUCGUGACCUAUCGAAGAGGCGCUUUAAGGAAUUCUCAUCGUUGGUAUUACACUUCGGACACAGUCGUGAAAGAGGUAUCCAUUGACGAAGUGCUCAGUAUCAACGCUUACAUGCUGUUUUACGACAGAGGACCGCAACGGCAAGGAAUGUAAGACGACGUUUAGAAUUUGGGAAUUUGUCGAAUAGGUGGUAGGUUUAGAUUUUAAACUUUUUUCGUUCGUGGCUGUUAUUAUUUUGUUGAUGUGUCAUAGUGCUCAUAAGUCAGAUGAAAUUAAGUAGCUAAGUUAGACGAAAAACAAAAGUGAGAAAUCUCUAAAUGAAUUUUGAAAUUUGAAAUACCUUUUCUCAUCCAACGAAUUAUACAUUUAAUUUACG